CUAGAAAAAGUGUAGAUUUAGAUGAUUACUUUUUAACUUGGAACAAGAUUUAUGCCAGUUCUAAAGAUCAUUUAGAUCUAAAUAAUGCACCAAAUAUUGUAACUAAUGGUUUUAUAGUAGCAAAAAAUCUAAAAUUAAGACCAAAUGAUAUAGUAGUUUUUGAUGAAAUCCAUGAAUAUGAUGAAGAUGCUUUUAUCUUAUUAGAUAGAUAUAAAGGCCAAGUAGUAUUAUUAUCUGCUACACCAAUUCCUAGAGAGUGUGAUCUGGUUAUAGAUACUGGGUUAGAUAUAGAUAAACAUAAUAGUAAACACAUUAUGUGUCAUAGCAGCCAUAGUGUUGCAAUACAAUGUCAGGGAAGAACUGGUCGCACUUGCAAUGAUAUAUACAUUAGAUUAUAUCAAAACUAUAUAGAUAAUCUUUUUGAUGUAUCUAUAAGUUUUAUUUAUAAUUAUCUCCACCUAUAUGAAAAAUUUUGGCAAGUCAAACCAUCAUAUUAUUCUGCUAAAAAACUUAUAAAUCCUAAGAUACCAAGUUGCUUCAACUCAUUAAUUCAAAGUAAUUUAGAUUAUGAUGUGUAUUUGGAAUUAAUAUACACAACAAAUCAACAAGAUGCAGAUUUAUUGUAUCAACAUUUAUUAGCUAAACACUACAAUGCUUAUACAUAUUACUUUGAAAAUAUUAAUAUAACAACUUCAAUAGAAGAUAUUUGGAUAGGUUUAAAUAACUUUAACAUAUUACCUAGACUUAUCCAAUAUAACACUAUCAGAUAUGAUAGUCAAUUGAAAUUAUUUUAUUUUCAUUAUAGUCAUCAAAAUAGUCUAGCUAGGUAUUUAUAUGUGCAGACUAAUAGAACUAAAAUGUAUAUUAAAGAUGUAGCUAAAUUACUAUUCAAGUAUCCUACUAAAAAGAAUGUUAUGAAUGAAGCUAACAAGUCUCUACAAGGCACCUUUAUUUUUGGUAAAAUGUAUAAAGAAUCUAAAAAUAAAAAAAAACAGAAAAUAUACACUAACAAAUAUUUAAAUGAUCUUAAUAAUCUUCAUGAUAAAAUUGUAAGUGGAGCAAUUUUAAGUCAAAAAGAAAGUGAUCUUGUUUAUGAUAUAAAUCAACAAUAUAUUAAAUAUAAGGAAAACAAUCCUGAUUUUAAUCUUCUAGCAGCUAGUGAUUUUUUACCACCUAAACAAUAUAAAUUUAUAAAAGAGAAUCCUCAAAAUAAAAAACACUUAAAAGAAUAUUAUCAAAAAAUAUUAGAUGAUUUAGUAAAUAAAGUAAAUAAAGAUAAACUUUUAAUUAAUAUUGAUCAUAAAAGACAAGCUGAAGCUACUAAAAGAAUUAAUGAAUUAUUAGAUGAAGCAUUUGAAGAGGAUAAGAAAAAUAUCUUCAAAAAUUUUAAUAAACCUGAUUAUGCUAAACAAAAAGAGGCUGAAAGCAUAUAUACUUUUGAGUUAGGCCAAAAAAAUUUAAAUAAAUCUUCAGAACCAUUUAUAUAUCUAGACUUUGCCCGUUGUGUCCUAGGACAACAAUCAUUACCAUUACUGAAGACUGCUUACAUGGAUAGUUGUGUAAAAUGUGAUUAUAAUAUGUUGCAAGAUGUCUGCUAUAAAUGUAUAAAAGAAUCAAACUACACUGUGUCUUAUGCUUGGUGUAGAUUAAAAGAUAGUUUGGUUGAAAUGAGAGAAUUAGCAAAAUACUUAUAUAGAAAGAAUAAUUCGUUUUAUAUUCAUCAUAAAGGUGCUGAACACAUUAUAAGUAAUGGUUUAGCUCCAUAUGAAUAUUAUAUUGUUAAUGACACAAUAUAUUA